CUUGGCUUCUUCCCAGCCUCAGCGUGGUGACAGAUGCUGCAGUUCUUGUCACCCCCUGCUCACACCAGUCAUUGAAGGCAACUUGUCUUGCACAUAGCUGUGUUCUGAGGUGCAAGCUCUUCAGGGCAGGCGUUUCCCAUGUCCAAAUGCACUGUGGACCAUCAUGCACCAUAAGCUGCCAGGUAGCUGAACACUGCUGUGGCUAGCUCCAGCAGGAAAAACUAGCCUCCACUAGGGACUCCCUGUCCCAGCUACCAUGUGUCAUUUGUUCUCUGGGUGCUCUGUCAGCCCCUUGUACUGCUCUGUUGUAGACUGCUGUUCUCCCUGCUGGUGCUAUGCGUGGUUGGUUCAGUUUGAUUUCCUGUGGCUCCCAGGUGGGAAUUGAGUGCCACAGCAUGUAGAUGGCCUGUCUAGCGCUAAUAUGUGCUAACCAAGGGAUUGUGGAGUAGCUGCCAGCCAGGGAGCAGGAGCCUGGUAUGGGGGAGGGGGUAGAAAGCAGGACAAAUUAGUUCAACAAACAUUUACAAAUGGGCUGUAUGCAGAGCUCGGUGAGGAGGGCGGCCCAGUGGGGCUGCAGGACAACAAAAGUAGCUUAUUUUGCAUCAUCUUUGCGGGCUGAAGAAUGACAGCAGAGCCAAUUUGUCCCAUUACAACUGUAGAUGGGGCAGCCAGGCACUGCAGAUGCCUAGACCCAGAGCUAUGGGUGAUCCGUGGCCUGGAAGGGUUUGUGGUCUUGGCUUGCCUCUGCCCAGUAUAGGAUGCUCUUCACCUUGUAGUAACUUUCACUCAACAGCAAAACUGUCCCUGGGACAUGCCCCACCACUUAACACCCAAGCGUAACUCAGCAUUGAGCCAUGGCACCGUGGGGCAUGGAAGGGGGCCUGAAAUAGGUAUUGCUGUGUGUUGCCACCACAGCUACCUUCAAAGCAGUGUGUGUAUGUGAUGAUUUUUUUUUUUUUUUGUCCUGGCAUCUGCAUACUGUACCAUUCCCAGCCUGCUGCUCUAUGAACCAGGCUGGCCUCCCCUGACUUCUGGUAUCAUGUACCAGUGUGCCUAGUCUUGGCAGGAUUAAAUUUUUAUCAAUAAACAUCCAUUUCACCUAAUACUCAGGGACCAAAAAGUCAGAAAGAUAAAGAAAGGGGAUGGAAAAAAAAAUCUGGGAUGGGGGUAAGGAAACAGGGUGGAGGGUGGCAGCUGCUGCAGGCAGGGUAGUGGGCGUUCCAGUUGUGCUGUCCGGGAACUCCUUGGGCAGCCACUGCAGCAUCUGGGGGCCAUGGUGGUAGGGCUGUGCUGGGGUGGGGGUGUGUGGAGGGGCAGGGCUUUUGGCAGCCAGGAGCCUGGUACCACUGGCCACCUACUCUGCCUAGGUCCCAGCUGGGGAUCAGGUGCAGAACUCCCAGUAUGAUCAGGGCAGGAGCCAAACCCCUGCCUGAUCAGGGCAGGGGCCAAGCUCCCACUUAGCCUUACCUUGCUCCUGCAUGACUGAGUGAUCAGGUAUGAUUUAUUAAUUUAUGGAUAUUUACUUUUUAUAGUUAAGUGUGAUUUUUUUUUUUUAUAAAGCUGUUAACAGUAUACUAUCAUUACUAAAUUGUCUGCCUCCCAUAUCUCUAACUUUCAUGCAUGAAACUUCAAAGCGAUUAAAAAUUAAAAAUACUUAAAAUUAUAAAAAUUGUAUUAAAAAAAAAUCAAAUCCUGCCAAGCCUAAUGUAACUCAUAUCGCAAAAGUUAGCUGCCUUUGUGAUAUCACCAGAAGGACUGGUGAUGUCGUGUUCUGUUGAUGGCAACUGAUGAGUGGAGAAGCUGUGUCCAGUCUGGUUCUGCAUGGACUGGCUUCAGCAGGGCUGGACUGCAUGGAGGACAUGAACCUGUAUUUGCUCCUCCUGUUUCUUCUGCUGGCAGCUGUACUCCCUGUGCCUGUGCCCCAAAGGCCCAGCCAAUCCAUUGCUGAGGAUUUCUCUGCUCCCCUGGAGCUCCCACAGCAGCACUUUGGCCUGGUGGAUGAUUAUGGCAUUAAACCAAAGCGACUGCAGUUCCUGACUCAAGAGACCCGGGCACAGCUCAAAGGCCUGUACCAAGCAUGCAAGAGCAAACGGGAUGAGCCAGACAUGAAUGAGUACAAUUAUGAUGCCAAUCUAUGAGCUACUUGGGAACAUGCCACAUUGGGGUUCCCGCAAGGUGGGGGCUGGGGGCCACGUCUGUAGGCUACUGUCCACUUAUUUCUUCUACUGCUGGAGAUGAGGUUGUAGCUGAAGACAAAAGUCCUUCCCUUUCUACAGGUUAUGUGUCUCUUUGAGUUUUGUGGGGAUCCCAGAGCCCUGGGUGCUAAGAACU